AUGGAUAUUGUUCUUGAAAUCUUCGACACGUACGUGUUCGAUAAAGUCUAUGCGACGCUGUUGCCUGCCGCGUACAAGGUGUACAUUCCUGAGACGCCGGAAUUUGUCACAAACGCCUGGGACACCAUCAACAACAGCACAACGGCCGCUAUCUCCUUCGCCGAAACAAAAUACCCUGCGUUGAACAACUUGGCGAAACUAGGUCCAAAAUGCACAAAGGAGAUCUACGGCUACAACUCCAAGUACUACUUCUUCGAUGAAAGCCUCUACGCCCACGCCUCCAUGCUCCCAAGAUACAACAUCAUCAGACAGAUCAUGUCUCUAUUUCUAAUCACAUCUGUUUUCGGCUGGCUACUGUAUUUCUCUGUGGCUUACUUGUCCUACGUCUUUGUCUACGACAAGACCAACUUCAACCACCCAAGAUACCUGAAAAAUCAAGUUUACAUGGAGAUCAAACAGGCAUCCACUGCCAUUCCUGUGAUGGUUCUAUUGACAAUUCCUUGGUUCCUGCUAGAGCUUCAUGGCUACUCAAAGCUUUACUGGAACGUAGAUGAGUCCACCGGUGGAUGGAAGGCUAUCAUCAUGCAAUUCCCAGCCUUCAUUUUGUUCACCGACUGUGGUAUCUAUUUUAUCCACAGAGCUCUGCACUGGCCUUCUCUGUACAAAAAGCUACACAAGCCACACCACAAAUGGAUUGUUUGUACCCCUUUUGCCUCCCAUGCAUUCCAUCCUGUUGACGGCUACUUCCAAUCUCUGCCUUACCACUGGUAUCCCUUCUUCUUCCCAUUGCACAAGGUUUCCUACCUAUUUUUGUUCACCUUUGUCAACUUCUGGACCGUGAUGAUCCACGAUGGUGAAUACCUGUCGAACGAUCCUGUUGUUAAUGGUGCAGCUUGUCACACCAUUCAUCACCUGUAUUUCAAUUACAACUACGGCCAGUUCACCACUCUAUGGGAUAGAUUAGGUGGUUCUUACAGAGAGCCAGACGCUGAGCUAUUUGACAAGAACAAGAGAAUAGACAAGAAAACGUGGGCCAAGCAAUCCAAAAUGAUGGACCAAAUCAGAAAAGAUGUGGAAGGUAAGGACGACGAUAGAGUUUACAUCUCUUCAAGUUCAAAGAAAACCCAGUAG